CCCCAGCGGGGCAAAAUGGCGGCGCCCGGAAGGUCCUAGAUCAAGUAAGUGGCUCGGCUGGAGGGAAGGACCUUAGGAUAUCCCGGUGGAAGGGGCUGGUACACGGGGUGAAUGAGAGUGAGUCCCCUACACUGAAGCAGUGCUGGAAAGUCGCACUAGGAAGACAGCUGGUGUGCCAAGAUGCUGUCGAGACCAAAGCCAGGGGAGUCCGAGGUGGACUUGCUGCGCUUCCAGAGUCAGUUCCUUGCAGCUGGUGCAACCCCAGCAGUACAGCUGGUGAAGAAAGGAAGUAGGAGAGGUGGCGAUGCUAACCCAGACCAGCCUCCUCUGCAGGAUCGUCGGGAUGUGGUGAUGCUGGACAAUCUCCCAGAUUUGCCCCCAGCCUUGGUUCCUGCUCCACCAAAGAGAGCCAAGCCCAGUCUUGGCUGCCCCCUGCCUGAACACGAGGACCCUGAAGAGAGGCUGAACAGGCAUGAUCAGCACAUCACUGCUGUCUUGACUAAGAUUAUUGAACGAGAUACGAGUUCAGUGGCUGUAAAUCUGCCUGUGCCCAGUGGUGUUGCUUUCCCUCCCGUAUUCCAUCGCUCACAGGGGAGACAGGGAAAGCCAGCAACAUCUGGGAAGAGAAGUAUCUUUGCCCAGGAAAUUGCAGCAAGGAGAGCGUCUGAAGCCAAGAUUCCACCAGUUAGAGAAGUUGCGUCUACCUUGGACCCACCAGGGGGUGCCAUGACCUCUGAGGCUGUCACACCCAGAGAACAGGGCAGCCAGCUUCCAUGGGGCAGCUGCAGCUUCCAGGGACCCCAUCUGGUUACAGGGAAGGGGCUCAGGAGCCAGGAGGCUGAGCAGGAAGCCCAGACCAUCCAUGAAGAGAACGUAGCGAGACUGCAAGCCAUGGCUCCGGAGGAGAUCCUGCAGGAACAGCAGCGGUUGCUGGCUCAGCUUGAUCCCAGCUUGGUUGCCUUCUUGAGAUCUCCCAGCCGUACCCACGAGCAAGCAGGAGAGAAGGCCAGUGGGGAGCAGAGGCCAGGAGGACCCUCUGUUGAGGUCACUGGGGAGGAGCUCAUCAUGCCAGCUUCUGCCAGUGAGCCCAGGCAGGAAGAUGAGCUGGAGCCAGGAGCCCCAGCUCUGGCACUGCCCGUGACCCGCCACAAAGAAUGGCUGCACAUGGACACUGUGGAGCUGGAGAAGCUCCAGUGGACCCAGGACCUGCCUCCACUCCGGCAGCAGCAGACACAGGAGAGGAUGCAGGCCCGAUUCAGUCUUCAGGGAGAGCUGCUGGCCCCCGACGUGGACCUUCCCACCCAUCUGGGCCUGCACCACCAUGGAGAGGAGGCAGAGAGAGCUGGGUACUCCCUUCAGGAGCUGUUCCACCUGACACGCAGCCAGGUGUCCCAGCAGAGAGCACUAGCGCUGCACGUGUUGGCCCAGAUCAUCAGCAGGGCCCAGGCUGGUGAGUUUGGGGACCGGCUGGUGGGCAGCGUCUUACACCUCCUUUUGGAUGCCGGCUUCCUCUUUCUGCUGCGCUUCUCCCUGGAUGACAGAGUGGAGGGGGUCAUCGCAGCUGCUGUCCGGGCUCUUCGGGCUCUGCUGGUGGCUCCUGGAGAUGAGAAGCUCCUCGACAGCACCUUCUCUUGGUAUCUUGGAGCUGCAGUGUUCCCUCUGAUGCCCAGCCAGGAGGAAGACGAAGACGAGGAUGCAGAGCCCCCAGGAGAAAAGGCAAAAAGGAAGACCCCUGAGGAAGGAAACCGACCUCCAUCUGACCUGGCCCGACAUGAUGUCAUUAAGGGUCUUUUGGCCACCAAUCUGCUGCCUCGGCUGCGCUACUUGCUAGAGGUGACCUGCCCGGGACCUUCUGUGGUCCUUGACAUCCUAGCUGUGCUCAUCCGCCUGGCCCGGCAUUCCUUGGAGUCAGCUACAAGGGUCCUAGAGUGCCCUCGGCUGAUAGAGACUGUGGUUCGAGAGUUCCUGCCCACCAGCUGGUCCCGCAUGGAGGUGGGACCUACCCCCAGUCUACACAGAGUGCCCUGUGCUCCUGCCAUGAAACUGCUUCGUGUCCUGGCCUCGGCUGGUAGGAACAUUGCUGCCCGGCUGUUGAGCAGUUUUGAUCUCCGGAGUCGCCUGUACCGCUUUAUAGCUGAGGCUCCCCAGGAACUGGCUUUGCCCCCAGAGGAAGCGGAGACGCUGAGCACCGAGGCCUUCCGUCUGUGGGCUGUGGCCGCCUGCUAUGGCCACGGCGGUGACCUGUACAGGGAACUAUACCCUGUGCUGAUGCAAACCCUUCAGGCUGUGCCAAAGGAACUCAGCAGCCACGUGCCUCGGCCACUGGCCCUGCAGAGGAUAGCCUCACUGCUCACUCUCCUCACCCAGCUGACCCUGGCAGCCAGCAGCACCACCCCUGAACCCAGCAGUGACUCUGCUGAGGCCAGCCUGUCGGCCAUCCCUUCCUCCAUCACUUGGACACAGGUGUCUGGGCUCCAGCCUCUUGUGGAGCCAUGUCUAAGAGAGACCUUGAAGUUGCUGCCCAGACCUGAGAUGUGGAGUGCGCUGGGCCCAGUGCCCCCUGCCUGCCUGCUCUUCAUGGAUGCCUACUACCAGGCCUGGAGCCAACAGCCAGGCUUGUGCCCGGGGGACUGGCUUCAGGACAUGGAGCGCCUGUCAGAGGAGCUGCUGCUGCCCCUGCUGAGCCAGCCUGCUCUGGGCAGCCUGUGGGAUUCCCUGAGGUGCUGCUCCCCUCUCUGCAACCCUCAGUCCUGUGCUCCAGCCCCUGAAGCACUCCCCAGCCUUGUGUCACUGGGCUGCACAGGAGAUCCCCCCCAUCUCAGUCUGGCCGGCUCAGCCUCACCCUUCCCAUUCCUCACAGCCCUGCUCUCUCUCUUCAACACCCUGGGCCAGAUCCACAAGGGGCUCUGUGGCCAGCUGGCUGCCAUAUUGGCUGCCCCAGGUGUCCAGAACUACUUCCUUCAAUGCAUGGCCCCCGAGGUUGCUCCACAGCUCACACCCUUCACUGCAUGGGCCCUGCGCCACGAGUACCAUCUGCAGUACCUGGUCCUCUCCCUGGCCCAGAGAGCGGCAACACUCCAGCCAGUGUCGGCCCCUAGUGCUGCCCUCUAUCACGGCAUGGCCUUGGCCCUGCUGGGCCGGCUGCUGCCUGGAAGUGAGCACCUCGCCCAUGAGCUUCUGCUGAGCUGUGCAUUCCGGCUGGAGUUCCUCCCGGAAAGAGCAUCAGGGGGUCCGGAGGCAGCCGACUUCUUUGACCAGCUCUCCUUAGGGAGCAGUGGGGACCUUGGGUGUGGGCGAGGGGCUCUGCUCGCUCAGGCCUGCCUGGACCUCCCCAGCAUCCGCAGCUGCUACCUGACCCACUGCUCACUGGCCCGAGCUGGCCUGCUGGCCUCUCAAGCCUUGUACCGAGGGGAACUACACCGAGUCCCAGCCUUGCUGCUCCCUGUGCCCAGGGAGCCACUGCUGCCCACUGACUGGCCUUUCCUGCCAUUGAUUCACCUCUACCACCGGGCCACUGACACCCCCUCAGGGCUCCCACCUGCUGACACUGUGGGCACAGCCAUGAGGGCCCUGCAGUGGGUGCUAAUCCUGGAGAGCUGGCGUCCCCAGGCCCUCUGGGCUGUGCCUCCUGCUGCCUGCCUGGCACGGCUCAUGUGUGUGUUCCUGGUGGACAGCGAACUGUUCCGGGAGACCCCUGUACAACGUCUGGUGGCCGCCCUCCUGGCCCAGCUCUGCCAGCCUGAAGUCCUACCAAAGCUCAACCUGGAUUGCCCACUUCCUGGCCUGGCAUCUUUCCAGGACCUUUACGCCAAUUUCCUGGAGCAUUUUGAGGCUGUCUCUUUUGGGGACCACCUCUUUGGGGCUCUGGUUCUCCUUCCCCUGCAACGUCGGUUCAGCGCCACCUUGCGCCUUGCCCUCUUUGGGGAGCACGUGGGAGCCUUGCGAGCUCUGGGCCUGCCUCUGACCCAGUUGCCUGUGUCCCUGGAGUGCUACACAGGGCCUCCAGAAGACAACCUGGCCCUCCUUCAGCUCUACUUCCGGGCUCUGGUUACUGGUGCACUCCGUCCACGCUGGUGCCCUGUGCUCUACGCUGUGGCUGUGGCUCAUGUCAACAGCUUCAUCUUCUCCCAAGACCCAAAGAGCUCAGAUGAGGUGAAGGCUGCCCGCAGGAGCAUGCUGCAGAAGACUUGGCUGCUGACAGAUGAGGGUCUUCGGCAGCACCUUCUCCACUAUAAGCUUCCUAAUUCUGCCCUUCCAGAGGGCUUUGAGCUGUAUCCUCAGUUACCUCCUCUGCGUCAACAGUACCUCCAGAAACUGAUCUCAGGGAUACUCCAAAAUGGGGUAUCUGAGACCUAGUAUAGCUGCUGCAGAAGAAAUGGACACAUUCUCCUGGAGUUCAGCAGAUGCCCACCAGAGAGAAGGGCUUUGUGUUCUGAGAGUGGGCAGGAAACAAAGGAGCAGAACGCUUGCCUUCCUUCGAGCAAGCUCUCUGAGCGUUCUGGGAGCAGGGUGAGCCUAGCCUUAUAUCCUGAUAUCUGGAUUUCAGGAGCUGGGGCUUUGUGCUGCGAGUGAAGGGUGACUCAGCUACGUACCCCUCUUGGGGACAAGGCAAACUCACUACACCUCUCUUUCUCUCCCCACCCCAGGCCAGGGUGUGUGAAUACUAGAGCUGUGUAUGGAAAUAAAGAAUUUCUUUUUUUUUUUUUUUU